GCACACACACACAAACACAAACGUAUAUCACCUGCAGCAUGCUGCCGUGUGUGAGUGAGAGCACUCUUAUACUCUGGUUGUUUUCAGCGGUCUUCAUCGUGUCCUCACAGCCGCAGACAUGUCUGUGUUUCUGGGAUGGCUCUCGGCUCUGGCCAUGGCUGUUGUCUCCACUCAUGUCCUGCUGAAGGUCUGCUUCCCGUACUUCUGGAGGGACCUGUUGUUCCUGAUCAAGGUGAUCCGGUGCGGAGCGAGGCUGGAGCUCUCGAAGCUCACCUCCAACGUGCACACGGUCCUGGAGAAGUUCGUGCUACAAGCGCAGCGCGUCCCCGACAAACCCUUCGUCAUCUUCGAGGGAAUCGUCCACACGUACCGAGACAUCGAGCAGCGCAGCAACAGACUCGCCCAUGUUUUCCUGGAGAGUGUCAACCUAAGGAAAGGAGACUGCGUUGCCUUGCUCAUGAGCAACGAACCCGACUUCCUGUGCGUUUGGUUCGGGUUGGCGAAGGUCGGCUGCUCGGUCGCUUUCCUCAACACGAACAUCAAGUCCAAGUCUCUGCUGCACUGCUUUAACUGCUGUGGAGCCAAAACUCUAAUAGUUGGAUCAGAACUGGUGGAGUGUUUGGAUGGCAUCCUAACCAGCCUGCUGGAGGACAACAUCCAGGUGUGGGCCAUGGAGAGCCACAGUGAGCACACACAGGUACACAGUCUGUUGGAUAAAGUUGCUGCUGCUUCUGAACAGCCUGUACCAGCUGUGCUACAUGCCACCACCUCUCUCAAAUCCCCCACCCUGUACAUCUUCACCUCUGGAACAACUGGUCUCCCGAAGGCUGCAGUGAUCACUCAUCUGCAGAGUUUGAAGGCAGCAGCAGGCUUUUGGGCCUUUGGGAUGACUGAAGAUGAUGUGGUGUAUAUUCCGCUGCCACUCUACCACAGUGCAGCUUCUUUGAUCGGUAUAGGAGGAACCAUAGAGCUGGGUGCGACCUGUGUCUUGAAGAAGAAGUUUUCAGCCUCCCAGUUCUGGAAUGACUGUAGAAAACAUAAUGUGACUGCUUUCCAGUAUAUUGGUGAACUCUGCAGAUACCUCUGCAACCAGCCUAAGAGAGAGGUGGAUAAAGUUCACAAGGUGCGGAUGGGAGUUGGGAACGGCUUGCGACAGGAUGUCUGGCGGGAGUUCCAGAGUCGCUUUGGAAACGUUAAAAUGUGCGAGGUGUAUGGCUCCACUGAGGGAAACCUGUGUUUCAUGAACCACAUCGGCAAGAUUGGAACUGUGGGCCGGUCCAACUUCCUCUACAGGCUUUUGUUCAAGUACGAUCUUGUAAAGUAUGACAUGGAGAAAGACGAGCCAGUGAAGGAUCAGUAUGGUUUCUGUCAGCGAGUGGGAAGGGGUGAGACAGGGCUGUUACUGUCCAAGGUGAGCGCCACCAGCCCCUUCUUUGGCUAUGCUGGAAGCAAGCAGCUGACGGAGAAAAAGCUGAUGAGAAAUGUAUUCAUGAAGGGAGAUGCCUACUUUAACACUGGUGACCUCAUGGCUGAAGACCAGGAGGGCUUCAUUUGUUUUAAGGACAGAGUAGGAGACACCUUCAGGUGGAAGGGUGAAAAUGUAGCAACAACAGAGUUAACAGAAGCUCUUGGGCUGGUGGAUUUUAUGCAGGAAGUCAAUGUGUAUGGAGUAGAAAUACCAGGUCUUGAGGGCAGAGCGGGAAUGGCUGCUGUGAUUAUAAGACCAGGUCUCAUGUUUGAUGGGAAGAAACUUUUUGAGCACGUGGUGACAGAUCUGCCAGCAUAUGCUCAUCCAAGGUUCAUUAGGAUUCAGGGGAUGAUGGAAAUGACAAGUACCUUCAAGCAGCAGAAAUUCCAGCUGGUGCAAAGUGGCUUCAACCCCUCAACUAUCUCGGACCCUCUCUAUGUGUUGGACUAUCAGCAGAAGAACUACAUUCCUCUAACAGACACUGUCUAUCACAGCAUCCUCGCUGGAGAAUAUAAGCUAUAGAACUCACAAGUAUGGGUAUGAUGACACUGUUUCAAACAUAGAGGGAGAUAAUAAGCUCUGCUGAAUCCAGAUAUCUAAAGGAAGUCCAUGGAAGCACAAUACAAUCAGAUAGGAUGAUAAUACAUUAGUAAAUAAGUGGAUUAUGAUCAGUUGACCAUUUGCAUACGCGACACAAAUAGCACUUGUUAUUUACCAGUUUAAAACCUUCAAACAGACAAACUAAGGCGAUCUCACCAUUCAUACCUUUAAAUAGGCCUUACCUUCUAAAUAAAAGUCUGUUUUGUGUGUAUGAAAGCCAUUUGUGAAUGUUUAUUGUAAUUUAAACAUUAAGACCCUAUGAGGGAUAUAUUGAGACAUGGCUUUCAUUUUUUAAUUCUAAUGCUCUUAAUUUAAAAAAACAUUGUCCAAUCUGUCCAAAUAUUGCUUUCUUUAAAUCCAACUUGAGUACCUAAUCAUAUCUGAACCAAUGGAUAAAUUGAUCGAAUUUUAAGGUACAAAAAUAAGGGAUUUAUUGUUAAGUCAAUAAUAGAUUAAAUAGCUCACAGACAACUAUGCUUGUUCAUUAUCUGAUUUCUUUAUCAAUGUUUCAACAAGAUAGGUAAAUGUUUACACACAUUUUCUUCUUAUGCAAGCAAAAUAUCUGAUUGAUCAAAUCCCUACAUGAUGCUGACCACUGAGAGGACACAAUGCAUGUGUUUACAAUUAGUUACAUUUUUUUAUGAAACUGAAAUCAUUUUAUAUUCUCUGUGAGAGAUUUUGAUGCCAGCCCAACAUUUUUGCCAUAUUCUUUUUUUUAAAUGGUGUGUUGUAUUUAGUGCUUAAUUUCAAUUUUCUGUUUUUAGUUACCUGAGAAUUUAAUGUGUGCUGCUAAAUUCCUUAACUGACAUGCUUGGUAACUUUGCCAGGUCCAAUGACUAUUAACUGUUAGGUAAGGAAUCAGUUAAUAUUAAAGAAGUGUACGUGUACAUUCACAGUAGAUGAAGGAUCAGGGGAGAGCUGUGAUUUGUACCAUCAGCAACAAUAAGCUUGUUUUCAUACCCACUUCCGAGUUGGAGGGAAUGCUUUUGAUUUAUUUAAGGUGUCAACAGCUUAUUUCAGUAUAUCACCAUAUUCCUCUUUUCCAAAUUAGAAGGGUCAAUUUACUUUUAGCAGGGAGUGUCUCUGGUGUGGUCGUUGUGUAUGGCAUGGCGUAACUCUUGGAGAAGAAGAGCACAGUGAUGCUGCUGUGGAUGAAGCCUGGUGGCUGGAAGAGAACAGGGAGCAGGUCUUCAAACAGAGACAGCACGCCGGUUUCUGAACCAACAGGCAGGCGAUGGCCAGGCAGGAUUCAGACAGGGAGGACAGGCAGAGAAACUAACACAGAGGAUGCUUACAAUUAGUCGGACAGUAUAAUCUGGCAAUGAAGAAAGACCAGGGUUCUUAUAAUGCAGAAGGUGAGAAGUGGAGCUCAGCUACAAGUGUGCCAGUAGUGAACUGUGCCAAUACUCGGAACAACUCAACACACACUCAGUCCAAGCACGCCAUACCAACCAGUAUUCAUUCAGACACACAUAAGAACAAGACAUUAUCUCAUGUAUGAUGUUUACAUGAGUCGCUAAAAGAAUAUUUCAUUCAUAUUCCCCCUAAUGUUAUAGAGAAUAGUCUGAGUAUGAUUUUGAGCAGUUGGUAACUACUGUACAUGUUGAUGUCCCAAAAUCCUGUGAAAACUCCAAUAUAAUAUUAUCAAGACGUAUAUGUGUGAACAAAAUGUGACCAUGUUUGGAAUAUUUCAAAUGUUCUUUUAUUGCAUAAUCUGAGUAUGAUCUUAUUCGAGCAUCGUUAAUCAGAAAAUGUUGUUUGAAUGUCAGUACCCAAUCAAAAUAAGAUAUUGCUGUCCAUGUAAACACAGUCACUAAAAAGGCAGAAAAAGGAAUUUUGAAAAUGUUUUCAAAUGUAUAAAAAAGGAAAAACCUGAAAUAUUAUAUUCUAUGAUUGACAUAAGUCUCUUAUUCAUGACAGGGGGAAUUUUAUUUAGAUGCUCUUGGUGUAGAAACAUCUCUAAGAUGCUCAAGAAAAAUGGAAAACAAUGAUUGUUUGUGAAUCAGCGCUCAUAUCCACCUCCAGCAUCAGACAUCCUGCUCAGGUUCUAUCACCCUAAAUGAAGACUGCCAUUUCCAUCCAUUGUUCACUGAUUUUCAUUUCACAUGACCAAGCUGAGCCAGAAGGAGAACACUUGAAUCAUUCUGACUUGCACUUACGGAGUCAAUAUGGAUGUUUACGUUUAAAGGUUUACUUAGGUAUAUUGUCUCAUCUCAUACACGACUUUGCUUCAAGCAUGGGUCACAACAAGUGACUCACAAUACUAUAAUGCACUGAUCAGAAAUAAUUAGAUUCCACCUCAUUGAGAUGAACUUGUACUUAGCCCAGAGAGAGCAUUCGAAGGUUGCCCUCUUUGUUUGAGAAGAACAUCUCCAGAUAAGUAUGUUUUAAUUGAACAACUCAAAUCCAUUUUCCCUCUCUAGGGACACCUUGUGUCUUCAAUCUCUUCAGCUGUACUACUCUAAAUCAAAUCUCAAUUUCAUUUAUUUUAUUUUGUGUGUAUUUACUAAUAGGCUACAUUGUUAAGAGUUUCAGAAUGAAUUCUGAACUGAAUAUAGACCAGUUUCUUUUAUUUUCUUAGUUGAUGUUCAAGUGUUGCACAAACAAUGGGUUUCAUGUUUAUUGUAUUUGUUCUUGUUUUUCAUGCAAACUUGCUGCCGCCACUUUUCUCUGCCAUGGUUGCCAUGUGCUGUAAUUCAGUCUCUGAAAGUGUUGGCAGUUUUAGCCUCAAUAAAAGGGGUGAGCUCGA